AUGAAGUUCAAGGGGAGGAUCGAUCAGUACUGUCUCCGAUCGAAAAACGGACACCACUUUAUGCGAUACGAAUCUCUGAAAAAGUGUGCUCACAACAUCACAGGAGCCACCGGGGAAGGUGAGUUUUUGCUUCUUUUCAACGAAGAAUUGGAGCGGAUCAAAACAUUUAUAAAUCUUAAGCUUCAGGAACUACGCAUGACCCUUCAGCGCCUUCAAUAUUACCGAGACCAAGAAAAAUGCGGGGGGCACAUCAGAAACACCGAUAGCCAAAUUCCUGAGAAAUUAUUAUUCAAGGAGUUCAUCGAUGAUUUCGUUACUGAACUAGAAGAUAUGGAAAAAUUCAUCAUGCUUAACAGAGAAGGAAUGGACCGCGUCAUUGAAAAACACGACCUUAUCACAGGGAUAACCAGCGACUGGUACUUUGCACAGGGUCAUAGUGCCUUCUUUGCCAGAUAUUUAAAUGAACUGGACGCAUUUCUUUUCCACAUUAGCAUUCUUUACACAGAAACAAGAAGUAAAAACAAAGCAAAAAAUAACAAAAUACGCGAAAAUGUGGAAGAAAAACUGUUUGAGCGAAAUAUUUUAAAACACUUGGUAAAAACAGAGGAUGUCUUUGCGGUUAAGACCGAACUCAUCAAGCAUCUACCCAUCAGCAUUCGAAAUGAUAUGUACAGGAUAAGUCCCCAGGUUGAUUGCAAUCCCGAGCCUCACGAAAGUCUCAUAGAAAGUACACCGCCUUUCAUGACUUUGGUUUCCUCGGUUUUUCUGGAUAACUCAGAUCUGCUCUGUUACCACAGCCUCCAGCGUCUGGACGAAAGCGCCACGGCCAUACGGCUGCGAUGGCACAACCUUUCACAAGGGAGGGAGGUACUUCCUCUUGCAAGUCCUCUUGAUUCGCUAGUGUACGUUGAGAAGAAAACCUACAACAGCGAAAGAGAACCAAUUGCCUCUCCUUGUGAUUCUGCCAAUCCAGAGACACGUUUGAGAAAUGAGGCACAGAAGGUCAUCAACAGAGAUAAUUUGGAACCUUUGGUGAGAACGGCAUGCAAAAGAAUGAUAUUUCAAAGCCCUGAUGACAAUGAAGUCAGAAUCACCUUAGAUUCUGAUCUCAUUUUUGUCGAUGAGGGUGGCCGACAAAAUUCACAAUGGAAGCGAAACGAAGAUGAAAUAGCUGAGAACCGCCACUAUUGCGAGUUCCCGUACAGCAUCUUCAAAGUAGAGCUUGGGUCUGCUUUUCCUGAAUGGCUCAGGCUUCUAUUAGAGCACCCUAGUGUCCGUCACGUCGAAAAGUUCUCAAAAUCUCAACAAGCCACAACCUGUUUCUACCCUCACAGGAUAAAGGAGUUUCCAGACUGGUUCGCUGAGGUCACCAUUCACGGGAGUAAAACUGGUUUUAGUAAGGUAUGCAUGGCGAAGAUUAGCCGCAAUUACUAUGAGGCCCGUUCAGCAUUUAAAAAGUCGUAA